AUGUCGGAUCCUCGAGACUACACUGUUGGUUGGAUCUGCGCUAUUCCUGCAGAGUUCGCUGCUGCCCGCGCUUUUCUUGAUGAACAACAUCCAGGGCCUGAAGCAGUCGCGCAAAAUGAUAAUAACACCUACGCGCUGGGUAGUAUGGGAAAACACAAGGUUGUUAUAGCUGUUAUGCCCAAGAAGGAGUACGGUAUAGCUGCAGCUGCCACAGUAGCAAGGAAUAUGGUCCACAGCUUUCCAAACAUCUCCAUCGGAUUGAUGGUUGGCGUCGGUGGAGGAGCUCCUAGCCAACAUCACGACAUCCGCUUAGGUGACGUCGUUGUUAGCACUCGCCAAGCUGGCAACAGCGGUGUGAUACAGUUUGACUACGGAAAAGCAAUACAGAACCAGGGGUUUGUCGAAACCGGGAGCCUGAGCCACCCCCCAUCGGCAUUGUUGAACGCAGUUGCCGGACUUGAGACUGACUACCUGAUGAAGGGUUCUGAACUCACCAUCAAGGUGAACAGGGUGUUGGAUCAAUGGAAGAGACUGCGCAAAACACACUCUCGCCCGCCUGCAAGCACGGAUCAGUUAUACAGAUCGGACUUUGUACAUCCUCGCAACUCAACAGCAGCUUGCGGCCAAGAGUGUAUACCCGACAUCCACAACGUGGUCCCUCGACAUGAGCGGGGCGAAGAGGAAGACGACCCAGCUGUCCACUACGGACUGAUUGCUUCUGCAAAUCAGGUAAUGAAGAAUGCCGAGAUUCGUGAUAGGCUUUCAAAAGAAAAGGGCGUUCUUUGCUUCGAGAUGGAAGCUGCAGGGUUGAUGAACCGUUUCCCUUGCCUUGUUGUGCGAGGUAUAUGUGAUUACUCUGACACACACAAGAAUAAGGCAUGGCAGGGCUUUGCGGCCAUGUCCGCAGCAGCAUAUGCAAAGGACCUGCUUCAAAAAGUCUCGCCUGACAAGAUCAGGGCCGAGAAGAGAAUUAAAGAGAUCCUGGAAGCCAUGGAAGGGUCUUUGGCUUGCAUCAAGUCAACAACAGGAGAUAUCAAGACUCAAUUCGCCGCCAUGGGUUCCAGAAACCAGCAUCAGAAAGUCAACAAAUGGCUUUCACCCCCUGAUACUUUCACCAAUUACAGCCAAGCGAGAGAAUGCCGUCACAAGGGGACUGGAACGUGGUUUCUCGAAAGCCAAGCCUUCACGGAAUGGAAACAUGGACUACGACGACAACUUUGGCUUUAUGGGAUGUCCGGCAGUGGCAAGACUGUUCUCAGCACCACUAUCCUCGACAAUUUGACUGAGACUGGCGAAUUUGUUACACUGAGUUUCUUUUUCGACUUCAGCAAUGUCAACAAACAGAAGCCAGACGACGUGUGCCGGUCUCUCGCAUUCCAGCUGUAUACCAAGCGGGAAGAAUCAAGAAAGCAGCUUGACAGUCUCCUGGCAUCCCAUGACGACGGACAAAAACAGCCGACAACACAGGCCUUAUCUCAGUGCCUUCAAGAGAUGAUGCAGUCCACUGGGAGGCUGUGCAUCUUGCUUGAUGCUCUGGACGAGUGUGUUAAGAGGACCGAGUUGUUGAAAUGGAUUCAGGACUUCAUAUUCAGCCCUGACCUCACCUGCGUCCAACUCAUCGCCACUAGCCGACCUGAGGAGGAGUUUAUACGGGAAACACGCAAUUGGAACGACUUGAGUACUUGCGUUCGGCUUGAAAAAGAGUCGGUGAAUGUAGAUAUCCAGUCCUACAUGGAGACCAGGCUCGCAACAAGCAAAGAGUUUAGCAGGUGGGCCUCGACACCGUCAAUACUACAACAGAUCCGGGAUGAAGUCGGAAGAAAGGCAGAUGGAAUGUAA